AUGUACCACAAGUACCUCAAGUACCACAAGUACCUCAAGUACCUCAAGUACCACAAGUACCUCAAGUACCUCAAGUACCACAAGUACCUCAAGUACCACAAGUACCACAAGUACACAAGUACCUCAAGUGCCUCAAGUACCUAUCACAAGUAUCACAAGUAUCACAAGUAUCACAAGUACCACAAGCACCACAAGCGCCACAAGUGCCACAAGUGUCACAAGUGCCACAAGUAUCACAAGCGCCACAAGCGCCACAAGUAUCACAAGUACCACAAGCACCACAAGCACCACAAGCACCACAAGUAUCACAAGCACCACAAGUACCACAAGUAUCACAAGUACCACAAGCACCACAAGCACCACAAGUACCACAAGUACCACAAGUACCACAAGUAUCACAAGUAUCACAAGUGCCACAAGCGCCACAAGUACCACAAGUACCACAAGUACCACAAGUAUCACAAGCAUCACAAGCGCCACAAGUGCCACAAGUAUCACAAGUACCACAAGUAUCACAAGCACCACAAGUACCACAAGUAUCACAAGUAUCACAAGUACCACAAGCGCCACAAGUACCACAAGUACCACAAGUAUCACAAGCACCACAAGUAUCACAAGUAUCACAAGUAUCACAAGUGCCACAAGCGCCACAAGCACCACAAGUAUCACAAGUACCACAAGGACCACAAGCACCACAAGUACCACAAGCACCACAAGCGUCACAAGCGCCACAAGUGCCACAAGUAUCACAAGUACCACAAGCACCACAAGUAUCACAAGUAUCACAAGUACCACAAGCACCACAAGUAUCACAAGUAUCACAAGCACCACAAGUACCACAAGUACCACAAGUAUCACAAGUGCCACAAGUUCGCUUGUCUUGAAGACAAGAACUGA